AGGCUCUGGGGAGGGAGUUCCGCGGGAGCGGCGGGCGGGGGCUGGCGGCGGGCUGAGCUGCGCCGCGCUCCGCCCGAGGCCGCCGUGGGGGCCAUGACCGAGUACAAGCUGGUGGUGGUGGGGGCCGGUGGCGUCGGCAAGAGCGCGCUGACCAUCCAGCUCAUCCAGAACCACUUCGUGGACGAAUACGACCCCACCAUCGAGGAUUCAUACAGAAAGCAGGUUGUCAUCGAUGGAGAGACAUGUUUGUUGGACAUCCUGGACACUGCUGGGCAGGAGGAGUACAGCGCCAUGCGUGAUCAGUACAUGAGAACAGGGGAAGGGUUCCUCUGUGUGUUUGCCAUUAACAACAGUAAAUCCUUUGCUGAUAUUAACCUUUACAGAGAACAGAUCAAGAGAGUGAAAGAUUCGGAUGAUGUGCCAAUGGUGCUAGUUGGGAAUAAGUGUGAUUUGCCCACAAGAACAGUAGACACAAAACAGGCUCAAGAAUUAGCUAAAAGCUAUGGAAUCCCCUUCAUAGAGACAUCUGCUAAAACAAGACAGGGUGUGGAAGAUGCUUUUUACACUCUGGUGCGGGAGAUCCGGCAGUACCGGAUGAAAAAGCUCAACAGCAACGAAGAUGGGAAUCAAGGCUGCAUGGGACUGUCCUGCGUUGUGAUGUGAGAAGAUGCCAAGAAUACCUGGUUCAGAUGUAGCUGCUGGACAGGUCUCGAUGCUGCUGUAUUGCGUCUCGUGCUGAUGCCCUGCAGUAUUUCGGUGCCAGUGACCAGAACCUUGGUACCAGUUAACCAGCACAAGGUCCUUUUCUGUGCUCCAUCUGAAGAGAACAUCUAUGGCAUCUACCUCCUUGCUCAGCUGUCGGAGCAGUCACAUCUCUUGACAGACUGGGAUUCUUCUCUCACUGUGUUAUCUGGCUUUGUUCAAGAAGAAAACCAGUCACAAGAAAAGUGAACUAUAGAGACUAAAUGCUGUGAAAAAGAUGACGCUUUACCUCUAGAGUAAAAGCUAGAAGUGAUGUUUGUCCCCUCUUUGUUGGAUUCUGAUUUGUGGUGCUGUCAAAGGAGUGGCAGUAACCAUUGCUUGGCAGGGAAUGUCAGAAAUGGUUUUGCCACCAGGAAUGCUCCUGUCACCUGUGGGAUUGGUAUCUGCUCUCUGUGCGCCCGUACGGCGUAUUUACAACAUGUCCUUUGUGCCAGGAGUACCACUUCACUUUUCUGUAAUAAAAAGGAGAUCUCUUUCCUAACUCAAGUGCCUGUUUGCUACGAAGAUAUCAAGUUGUCCCCUGUUCCCUUGGGUGGAGGAAACCCCCAAGGACUGGAAUUUCUUGGGAGCUCAUUGUCUUAAGCAGGCAAAUCUUGUGUGGAUGAUCUCUCUCUGCCUGACAGGACACUAAACCAGGAAUUUAUAGGCUGGAAGAUCCAGCAGGCACUUGUAAGACUAUUGAACUAGUGAGAGGGACAUUCUGCAUCUGGUUUUUACUUCUUUUGUAGGUGGAACUGUUAAUAUUCUCUAUUGUUGUUCUGCAGCAUUCAGAUCUCUUCCAAGUUGGACCAAAUGAGUCAGCUGUUCGUUUUUAACAUUAACUGCCAACAUUUAAGGGCAGCUUCUCAAUAGUUAAUCUGGUAACUGGAGGUGAGUUAGUUUGAACAGCUGUUACUCAGCUCUGUCUGUAACUUGCAGAUAACUUUGUUUUGAAUUAUUUUCUCACCACCAAACUGUAAACAUAGUUUCUUCAGAAUAUCUCUCUGUAAAACAUAGUUGGAGGGUCUCCUUGUCAGGGAAGCAGUGUGGGGUUUCAGGUGACUGCAUCUGCUGCAGUGGUUGUUAGGACUCAGAGUGCCCUGACUGAGGGAGGGCUGUGACAGACCUGAGCCAGCUUCUGCUGGUGGCGUCCCUGCCCAUUGAGGCAGGAAGUGAGUUCCAUAAACUGCACAAGUGUUUGACACUGAUGGGAAUUCUGGGCUUGUUCUGACAGCCUUGGAGUGUGAGAGAAUUACUGCAUAAGGUGCGUGAGCUCUUCCUGGAACAGAACAUUGCCACCAUAUGUAAUUGGGACAUAAAAAAUAUAGUCACUGUUGCAAAACCUAACAGUGUUCCUUGGAACUGUGUCCUUCCCUAGUUCUCAUGCUGCUGGGACUGGAUUCUUCUCUGUGUGGUCAGUGUCCCCCCACAGCAAAGCUGAGUUCCUGGUUGCUGUCUGAUGGAAGAGUAAUGAGCCCUCAGCCAACAGAGGGAGUGUUCAGCCAGGCUGCAGAGCCAGCAGCAGAAGGGUUGCAAGGGGCUUAAUUUUGGUUUGUUGGUGUCAAACAUCUUAAUUCUAAACUCGGUUUCAAAUGGAAUUAGAAAUCAAUAAGUGGUGGGGGGGAAAAGUUGUUCACUACUGACAUUGUUAAUGCCCUUCUUGGAAUGAAGAGAACCAAUCUGGUUCACGUUUUCUUUAUCCAUGAUAACCCUGAGAACGUUUUGUCAUUUCUUUUACCUUUGACUGAUGUGACACUGAUAAGAAUUAAACCUACAAUAUUUUUACAUAAAACAUUCUCUUCCAGCAGCAUACACAGCGAUGGGCAUGAGUAAGGAUAACUAUAGAUAGCUUCUUCCCUGGCAAGCAGGAUUGCAGCAUUCAGAGCAUGACUGCCUGCAGCCUGUGGCGAUGGGAAGCCUUUUGCAGCUGGCAUUUGAUGUUUGAAGGUUGCGUGGUCAAGU